UUGCAGCCUUUGGAAAGCCUUGCAGCAUUCCGCCAUUUUGAGUCAUCCGCUUGGUUGGAACUUGAGUCUUGAAGUGCGCAUUUAAUAUAGUGUUCGUUUUAACUUAAUUCUGACCGCUGAAGUAAUUUAUUAUUGUAGUAGUGAGAAAAGGUACAUAAAAUGCAAAUGCAAGCUAUGAAUCAAUACGGAAACAGAGGAUACGGAGGCGCACCGCAGCCUCAAAGGCAAGGUCGACGUGGAAAUAACCGUGGUGGUCCCGGAGGUUUUCGUAAUAAUUCACGAUUUGAUCAUAAUCAGAGAAAUUCAAAUCAGCAAGGAGGUCAACGUCCUACUAACGAGUCUAACCAGCAAGAUGAGCCACCAGCAACACUACCACCCCAAAAACCGCAACCAGCAAAACCGAAAGAGGAGAUUCAGCAAGCACCACCGCAGCCGAAACAACAAUCUCAACCUCCUAAGCAAGCACCAAAACCACAGCAGAAUCCACCCCAACAACAACCACCCAUUCAGCAACAGCCACAAACACAAAAUCAACAACCAAAACCACUAAACCAACAGUCCAAACCACAAACACAGGACAUUGUGGAUAAAUCUGUUGCACCUAACGAAACAAAACAUCAAAAUCAGAACAAUCAAGGUGGAUAUCAGAAGGGUGGACAACCACUUCCAAGACUUAUGGACUCGAGGGAAGACUCAGAUGUCAGUAACAUGAAUGGUAAUUUCGGUGGUGGAAAUAGGCAAAGUGGUUGGAGUCAGGGUGGGCCUAACAACAGGCAGGGUGGGGGCAAUGGAGGAAACUUUGGCCAAAAAGGCUUUGGACCAAAGCAUGGAGGACAGGGACAAGGUCAGGGACCCGCUCGCAAUCAGCAGCGGAAUUCUAACCGUAACCAACAAGAUGGGAAAUCUAUGCCAAGAGAGGAGCACAUGCUGGCAAAUAAGCUGAAGGAUCUCAUGGGACCAUUAGUAGAUUUGCCACCAAUUGAUCAAACAGAAGCCAAAUUUAAUGGUAGAAGUCGUUUGUAUAUUGGAAACCUGAGCAAUGACGUAACUGAAGAAGAGAUUAUGAAUAUGUUCAGCCAGUUUGGCGAGCCAGCCGAAUUAUUUAUCAAUAAAGAGAAAAACUUUGGAUUUAUUAAAAUGGAUUAUAGAGUUAACGCUGAAAAAGCAAGACGUGAGUUGGAUGGUAAGAUGAGAAAUGGUAGAACUUUAAGGGUAAGAUUUGCACCUCACAACAGCACAGUCCGUGUAAAGAAUUUGCCGCCAUUUGUCUCAAAUGAAUUAUUGUAUCGCUCCUUUGAAAUAUUUGGUAAAAUUGAAAGGGCGUAUGUUAAAAUUGACGAAAGGGGGAAAACUGUUGGAGAGGGCAUUGUUGAAUUCGCACGUAAACCAAGUGCUUUGGCUGCAAUCCGUAACUGCACAGAGAGAUGCUUCUUUUUAACUUCAUCACUUCGCCCAGUAAUUGUAGAAAACUUUGAAGAGCCUGAUGAGGCUGAUGGUUAUCCUGAGAAGAACCUUCCUAAAAAACACCCUGAAUACAUGCGUUCCCGAGAAGUUGGCCCACGUUUCUCGGAGCCAGGUAGUUUUGAACAUGAGUAUGGAACAAGGUGGAAACAGUUGCAUGAGUUACACCGCCAAAAGGAGGAUGCGCUGAAAAAAGAAUUAGCAGCUGAGGAAGAGAAGUUAGAGGCACAAAUGGAGUAUGCCAAAUACGAGCACGAAACUGAGCUACUUCGCGAGCAGUUGCGUCAGCGCGAACAAGAUCGCGAGCGGCAGAAGCGCACCUGGGAGAUGGCAGAGCGCGCGGCUGAGGAGCGCCGCGAGACCGAGCGCCUGCAAUUACUGCGCCAGGAAGAGGAGCUCUCGCAGCGCAUGCGCCAACAGGACGACGAGCUGCGUCGCCGGCAACAGGAGAACACGCUCUUUGUGCAGGCUCAACGGCUUAAUUCAAUGCUCGAUCGUCAGGAGCAAGGCAUGUUCGAUCAUCAGCAGCCAAUGGAUGGAGGCUUCAGAGACCAGUACGACAUGCCGCGUGGAGGUUUUGACGACGGAUCGCAGAAUCGUGGUGGUUGGGACGGACCCCGCCAAAUAGACGAUUUUCCUAACAAACGCCGGCGCUUUUAAACAGUGCGCGUAAUCGCCGCGUUUCGCAUGACGGCUAUCACAACGCGUACAAUCUUUAAAAUCGAAUCCUCCCAUAAUAUAUUUUAAGUUUUUGGUGACGUUCAAAUAAAAGACACAUAUUUAAUCAAAUACUUUAAAGACCUUUGUAUAUAUGGAUGCUUAUAGUGCUAAAACUGUAAGCUUCAGGGCCACUGUCCCCCUUAUUUAAUGUAACCAAAAGCUUACUUUUACAAGACAAGACCCUUUGGAAUAGUUAAUCAAGAUUGGAAUGCACUUGAUUAAACCGUUUUUAUAUAGAUUAUACAAAAUGUAAACAGCGUUCAACUGAUAGUACUAUUACUACUCCGUCAAAGUUAUAUUUUGUUUUGUAUAUGUUACUGUAAGGUGUGCUCGCACUGCAACUUCAACAGCAACUAUAGAGACACGGUAGACUUGUAUAAAUCAUAUAAACCCCGUAAUAAACAAAACAUUUGGUGAGGUCAAAAAUAGCCCAGAAGUCUGAUAAUUAACGACUUCAUGUAUCAGGUCUAUCUAUCCAUUUUGUGAAGAAAAAUUGACACCAAGAAAUUUUUAUUUUCACUUAUUCACACUCUCUUCCAUUUAAAAAUGCGUAAAAAGUCUACUGCAAGACUGAAGUGUAUACAGGCUCUGCAAAAAUAGGUAAUUUUUUUCCCUCUAGCCGUGGAAUUUUAUCCUCAUCAAAAUUUCUCUAAAUCGGUAGUUCGGGCAUUUACAGUAACAUAUACCUACUCAGACAAAUGUACGAAGAGUUUGGCUAUUUAACUACAGUUAGCCAAUAGGCAGUAGAAAUUGCCCGGUUGCUUAGUUACCUACCCUUUACUACAAAAGAAAAACUAAUAAGAAAAUGUUCAGUCAGUUGACAUUUAUAAUUUAAGUGACAUACAUUUCUAAUAAAUCCCGGAAUAUGUCCAGAUAUUGGUAUAUAAUAUUAGCGUCUAUGCGGAUUCUAUUCAGCAUAUUUCUUCUAUUAGAAUGAAUUCUGUACAUCCUUAUAAUUAUACCUAGAACAUUUCUUAAAAGAUAUGUUAACUAUCUUAUUCCAUGUAACAUGAAACUAUUCUUACCGAAAACUUGCGCUCUUUAAGGCUAAGUAAAACUCUCGCCAGUAUAUAUAAUGAUCUGUACAGAAUGACAGGCUGGCAUUGCAGGAGAUAGAAGUAUCUUUGCAAUACUGUGUUAAUUUAAUUUUUAGUUUAAUCAAUAAUGUUUUAAGGAAUGCCUCAAUACUGAAGAGUAAGGUUAUCUAGAAAUAUACUUACCUAAGAAAAAUUGUCUUGAAUUAAUACAAUUGAAAAAGAAGGGGACGAGGAAUUAGUAUUUUAAUAACAUUAACUUAGUGAUAAUAAAUAAGAUUUGAACACAUUAUUAUUAACUAGAAAACACAAUUUGUUCACAAUAAUAGACAUAAUGACUAGUAUGUCUUUUUUUAUUUAAAUGACCUCGUUUGGACUUAAAUAAAUGAAAUAUUAUAUUUAAAAACAAUUAAUUUAAAUCUAUGUGUUUUAAAACCGGCUAUUUUCGAAGGUUUGUCACCAUUGCCCGAGCUUCGAAAGAAUUUCUCAAGACCUUUGGUUAGAGUUAUCGAAUAGCGAUUAUAAAGGACCUUUAUAAUGUGUUCUGUGAAGUUAAAGCGUUGGUGGGUCAUGUCAGUUGGGUAUUGUUUACAAUUUUAGCAAUGGAUUGUUCAAUAUGGUUGGCCACUAGUUCGACGGUUACAUUGCUUGUGAUAAACCGAGAGCAAAGUUAAUUUACAAUUGGAUUCUGGCUACAUUCUCAUCGCAAUGCGGAGAAUUCACGGGCAAUGUCUAUAAUGUCCAUCCUUUGGUCUUGUGGCGUCACAACAUCUUAAUUGAUAUGUAUUUCCGUGCUGCUUGUAAAAAAAAGGCAAGCAUUUCAAGCAGUAAAAAGUUUUUUUUUAGAUAUGUAAUUUCAUGGGUAUCUCACCCAUGAAAUUACAUAUCUGAUCAUUAUUAUUUGGGGGGUCUUACCUAAGAAUCAUAUUAAACGUUCUGUCGGAUAGGGUUAUCCAGUGGGUGGGGUCGGUUGCACAAGGUAUUCUCAAGGGUUAAAGAUUGAGGCGCGGGUCUGAGAUUUACUAGGUGUAUACAAAAUGUUUAUAUUAUAUAAUGUUAUAUAUCACCUUUUCUGAUAAGUCAACCCUUAUAUUUUUUAAGAAUUCAAAAAAAUCCUCAAUAAUAACCUUCAAAUGUUUUAAGAUAAUCCUUUAUUCAGAUCUGGUUUGAUUAUAGUUACAUACAAAAUUAUUGCUAAGUUCACUUUAAUUAAUUAAUUAGUAUAUAAUUUAAGUUCCUUAUUCUUGAAACUCCGUGAAUUAUGAGAUAAUAACACUGAACUACAAUGUCUAAACAGUACAAAUAAUACCUUUUUUUCUUUUCCUUAGUCUCUAUCCAAUCAGGACGUGUGUAUUUUAUUGGUAGAUCCUCGCGAAUAAUAUUGCCGUUGUAAAACUGGAAUUUUGUCCCGAAAAGAACCAAAACCUGCCUAAAUUGGUGUGAAUAACAAAAAUAUCGUGCUUAUUGCAGUAAUGCAUAAGCUGAAUUUUUGAUUGAAAAAUUGCAAUCUCUUAAAUUCUGAUAAUAUUAAAUUGACCAAACAUGUUAUUUAAAUUUUAAAUCAUUAAGAUUGCAUUUGAAAUCUAUAUCUUCGGUGCUUUUACUUAUUUGAAUUGUAUUGAUAUCGCGUUGAAAUUGUUGAAAAGUUCGUUUAUUGAAAUCCAAAGGACGAUUUUUACUUCACUAACUUAUUGUAUUUACUACAUUGCUUACGCAUAGCAUAAAAAAAUAAUUAUUAAGGUGUGAAUCUGUGUGUCGCAACCAAGAGUAUUAUGUGAGCAAGAAAAAUCUAAGUAGCUAUUGUGUAAUUUAGAAAGUUAGGGAUAUUAAAUUACCAUGUAAUUUUCGUAAAAAUGUAAGUAUACAUGAAAUAAAUUUAUCCUAAAUUAA